AUGGAUCGCCAUUUGGAGCCUAUGAUAGUAGCUGGCGCUGCUCAGCCUACCACGUUAGAACGUCUACAGCCAUUUCUCAUCCUGACCUCGUCAACCGCCCUCGUGUUCACAGGAUGCGGUAUCAACUUUACCUUCGGUGUCUACCAGGAGUUGUAUGACUCCAUGUCCAAGCUCCCUAAUACGCCCUUCACGGGUGCAACUCCGGCGCAGAUUGAUCUCAUCGGGACACUCUCCAUCGCACUCAUGACAAUUGGCGCCCCGUUCACAACAGCGUGGACUAAGCAGUACUCACCACGUGCAGUCAUUUGGAGUGGCGGGAUCAUCUACUCCGUUGCACUCGUUCUGGCCAGCUUCAGCCAAGCUUUGUGGCAGUUCCUCCUCACUCAGGGUCUGCUUCUUGGAAUUGGGACCUGCAUGGCAUACAUGCCUUCUGUAACAGUAGCACCCACUUGGUUUUCGAGUCAUCGAGGGCUUGCCAUGGGGAUCAUCCUUGCAGGAACAGGUGUUGGAGGCGUCGCCUGGCCCCUGGCCUUUCGAUAUUUCAUUGAACGCGUCGGGUUCCGCAACUGCCUCCGCAUCACCGCGGCGAUCUCGUUCGUGCUCAUCACAGCGUCUGGUGUUUUCAUGCGAUGGCCAGCCAGCCAGUUGACUCGAAUUCAGGCAGAGAAUGCGGCGAACUCACGAGCGAGCAUUCUGCGCAUUCCCCUGGUCGACUGGCGCGUCGUGCGCACUCGCAAGUUUGCCGCCCACGCAUUGGGAGCAGCGCUUCAAUCAGCUGCAUACUAUACGCCUGUUUUCUUUUUUGCCUCCUUCGCGCGCACUCUGGGGUAUUCACAGGCGACAUCCGCCAACUUUAUUGCCAUUUCGAACGCGGCGAAUGCCGUCGGCAAGAUUGCUAUUGGGUAUGCGGCAGAUCGCAUGGGCAGGCUAAAUACAUUAUUCCUGACAACGAUGGUGUCGUCGGUGGCUGUGCUGGCUCUUUGGCUUCCAUCUUCGUUAUCAACGAGCCAAUCCAGCGGCAGCGCACUGUUCAUCGUGUUCACCGUUUUCUACGGUGUAUUUGCCUCGGCCUAUGUUUCGCUCUUCCCAACGAGCCUUGUGGAGCUGUUUGGUGUGCAGAAUUUUGCCAGUGUAAACGGUGUAUUGUACAUGGUGCGAGGUUUUGCGACGUUGCUUGGAACUCCGAUCGCCGGGUUGUUGAUCCGCAGCAACCAGCACCAAAAGGCGGAUCCACAUAGCUAUGUGAAUACCAGCAUCAUGGUCGGUGUGUUGCUGGCCGCUGCAACAUUUGCAGUGCUUUGGGUUAGAAUUGAGGCAACUGUGACUUUGGAAGGUGGACAGGGACACCGCAGAAAGUGGUUGAUGUAA